ACCCACACAGGGCAGAAACCAUUUAAAUGUAUUGAAUGUGGAAAGAGCUUCAGUGUAAAUGGACACCUUAGAAGACAUCAACGAAUUCACACGGGGGAGAAACCAUUUAAAUGUAUUGAAUUUGGAAAGGACCUCAGUGAAAAUGGAGCACUUAGAAGACAUCAACAAAUUCACACGGGGGAGAAACUAUUUAAAUGUAUUGUAUGUGGAAAGAGCUUCAGUAGUAGUGGAUUACUUAGAAAACAUCAACGAACUCACACAGGGGAGAAACCAUUUAAAUGCAUUGAAUGUGGAAAGAGCUUCAGUGUAAAUGGACACCUUAGAAGACAUAAACGAAUUCACACGGGGGAGAAACCAUUUAAAUGUAUGGAGUUUGGGCAGAGCUUCAGGCUAAGUGAAGGACUUAGAAUACAUCAACGAACCCACACAGGGGAGAAACCAUUUAAAUGUAUUGAAUGUGGAAAGAGCUUCAGUGAAAAUGGAACACUUAGAAGACAUCAACGAAUUCACACGGGGGAGAAACCAUUUAAAUGUAUUGAAUGUGGAAAGAGCUUCAGUGAAAAUGGAGCACUUAGAAGACAUCAACGAAUUCACACUGGGGAGAAACCAUUUGAAUGUAUGGAGUGUGGAAAGAGCUUCAGUCGAAGUGGAGGACUUAGAAUACAUCAACGAAUUCACACGGGGGAGAAACGAUUUAAAUGUAUUGAAUGUGGAAAGAGCUUCAGUGAAAGUGGAACACUUAGAAGACAUCAACGAAUUCACACGGGGGAGAAACCAUUUAAAUGCAUUGAAUGUGGAAAGAGCUUCAGUAGAAGUGGAUCACUUAGAAUACACCAACAAACCCACACAGGGGGAAAACCAUUUGAAUGUAUUGAAUUUGGAAAGGACUUCAGUGAAAAUGGAGCACUUAGAAGACAUCAACAAAUUCACACAGGGGAGAAACUAUUUAAAUGUAUUGAAUGUGGAAAGAGCUUCAGUAGUAGUGGAUCACUUAGAAAACAUCAACGAACUCACACGGGGGAGAAACCAUUUAAAUGUAUGGAGUGUGGGCAGAGCUUCAGGCUAAGUGAAGGACUUAGAAUACAUCAACGAACCCACACAGGGGAGAAACCAUUUAAAUGUAUUGAAUGUGGAAAGAGCUUCAGUGAAAAUGGAACACUUAGAAGACAUCAACGAAUUCACACGGGGGAGAAACCAUUUAAAUGUAUUGAAUGUGGAAAGAGCUUCAGUGAAAAUGGAACACUUAGAAGACAUCAACGAAUUCACACGGGAGAGAAACCAUUUAAAUGUAUUGAAUGUGGAAAGAGCUUCAGUGUAAAUGGAGCACUUAGAAGACAUCAACGAAUUCACACUGGGGAGAAACCAUUUGAAUGUAUGGAGUGUGGAAAGAGCUUCAGUCAAAGUGGAGGACUUAGAAUGCAUCAACGAACUCACACAGGGGAGAAACCAUUUAAAUGCAUUGAAUGUGGAAAGAGCUUCAGUGUAAAUGGACACCUUAGAAUGCAUCAACGAACUCACACAGGGGAGAAA